AUGAAAGAAGUCGUACGCCGAGCCGACACCCAGGCGUCGGCUCGGCGACGACUCGGUGACGACGAUGAUGUCCCCUCACGAUCCUUUAUCCCCUCAGAACCCUUCAUCCCAUCUAUUUCCUUCAUCACGCAUGACCGCCACUCAAUAAGGAUCAAGAAACCUGUUCGUUGCAUUAAAGCGGGUGCUCCGGACACGCCUUCCGAGGCCCCGGCUUCCGAGGUCUCGGAUGAGCAGAUGGCUGAAGAGGUCCCUCAUGCAUCUGACCAAGCUAUAAAUACAACUUCGGAAGUCCCAGCUUCGGAGGUCCCGUGUCCAGCAGCUUCGGCUAGCACACACGAGUCCGACCAAGUCGUGGAUGUUGUCCGAGCAUCCGAUAAGGUGUCACACGCAUAUUCCGAUACUCCACUUUUCUACAUCGGCAAGCUUGCUGAGAAAACCUUUAAAGAUAUGCUCUGGUUGCAGUUUGGCAAAAAGUGGGAAUCGUUCGAAAUCAGGUUCCUCACCGACAUGAAAAAAUGUCCCUCGGUCGUUAUGGUGAACAGAAACAGCCCAUGUCCACUCGAGUGGCUGCCACUGGAGGUUCGCGCGACAAUAUGGAAGUACGUUUUCGACGACGGCAAGGAGGCCAUCUUUCUCAAGAAGGAUGGGAUGACCCCAAAGCUUCCAACUUCCAUGCGAGUUGUAUCGUUCGGCUGGAUUUCAGAGGCGUGGUUCGGAUACAUGAGUUCGCUAAGCAACCGGACUCUGGUGGUGACGGAUUUCCCAAGAAAUGGCUACCUUGCCCCACAUUUCCCCAUCUUCCGAGAACUGUCGACGGUGCGGAUCCGAUCAAUCAAAUUCGCGCUGGGUGACAAUGACCCCGAGAAAGCCAAAGAACGCACUCGCGAUUUUAUCGGAUUCAUGUUAAAGCACAAAAAUCAAGGAUUUCUCGCCGUCCGCACGAUGAUUAUCGAAUUGAGAAGCAACUGGGAAACUGAGGACUUCACCGAGAUGGCUCUUGCCGAGCUGCUGGUAUGCGGCGCAUUCGUUGAGAUCGAACGAAUCCGGAUUCAUGGAAAGAUCACAGACGAGAAACUGAACCGGCUGCUGGAGCGAGCCCGAGAGUUCGCGCGAGCCUCAUUCUGA